CAGUGAACUUGAACUAUUUCCAGAUUAGUAUACUAUAUGUUUACAUGCCUUGUGAGAUAUUUAUAGAAUCGUGGAAAAGACCUAGCCUAGUGCGUCUCCGAUUAUGUAGUCUUUUAUCUUGCACUAUUUGGUAUUUACACUUAUGUAUGGACACGAUUGAUCUAGAAUCAGGACCUGUGUUCUGUAAGAUUUUCCCUGGAACUAAUGCAACGGUUUGGAGAAUGUGAAACAUGGGAGAGGAUUCUUCAGUUCAAAACCAUAACGUAAUGGAGCACGGCGAGAACCGGAAAUGUAAAGUGAUAUUGACAAGACGAUUAGCAGACCAACUUAAUGUGGAUUUAGAAGGACUGUGUCUCAAACCGGUCAGGAAUGGACACCAUGUCCAGUUACAAAACGGAGAAUCUACGGCCGAUAAUCCAAGUGCUUCCGAAGGCAAGAAUUCUGAGGACGAAACCGACAAUUUGGUCGGAGGACGCGCAGAUCAAUCAGAGGCGGUCGACCCUCUUUAUCCAUUUUCUUGCAUCGAUUUUAUUGGCGUCAGCAUUUCUGUGGUAUUUUAUUGCUUUGAUGUCUUUACGGACAUUUUAUUGGCCAAAAGUUAUUACGACGAUGGAAUGACGUUUGAGUGCGUUUUGACGUCAUCUGUUGUUGCUGCUGCGUUUUUAGUAGCUGGAAUUUUAAGUUCGAUCUGGCAUACUCAGGAACAACCCCGCCAAAAUGUCUGUUUAUUGGUUCUGAUGUUUCCAUUUGCUACCAUAGAGAGAAAUAUAACAUACUUAGUUCAUGGCUAUAGAAGCAAGCAGAAAGGCAGUAAGAAGCACUACCAUUAUAUAGAGAUGAUCUACAACGAUCGAGAUGCGAGUCUACUAAGAAUGUUUGACGCUUUUAUUGAAUCCGCUCCCCAACUGGUUCUACAAAUCUACCUCAUUCUCAAAGAACAAGAGAAUCUCAAAGACUGCGAACAUAUAUCGAUUCAUAGUCAUAUAAUUCGACUGUUAACAGUUCUCUCCUCUUGGAUAUCUGUCACGUGGUCUGUGACCGCUUACUAUCGAGCACUUCGUGUGAGCAACGCUAUGCACAAAACGAGGCAAAAAACAGUUUUUGCUGCAAUGGGAUAUUUUCUCUGGAGAGCGUUUGAAAUAGGACCAAGAGUAAUGGCAUUAGUAAUGAUUAUUCUCAUGAACGACAUCAUUUUUGCAAUUACAGUAGCGUUUCAUUGGAUUGUUAUGGUCACGUGGUCAUUUGCGACGAAAAUGAGGCCAUACAAGAAAACCCACGAAAACAUUAUCUUUAUUUUAUUAGUUGGAUUUGUGCAGAUAUUUUCUUUCAUGAAUGUCAGUCCCGGUAAAUCUCGAUUUCAUGCCCUUUUGUAUUAUUUGUUUGUUUACACUGAGAACAUUAUUAUACUUAUUAUAUGGAUUUUGGCUAAAAAUAGCUCCUUUUGUCCGUGGAUUUAUCACGGGUCAAUUGGCAUUGUUUCUAGUGGAUUUGUUUUUAAUAUAGUUUUUAUUAUAUCAUUUUAUAAAUUAUGUCACCCCAAAACUGCCAUUUGUUGA